AUGAUGACCAUUGCUGAUGUCAUCAAUCAGCUGGUCGAGGCGCAUGAAGAAGGAAAAGACAUCAACCUCAACAAGUAAGAACCUCAACCUAAUGUUAGCUACCUAACCUCAACCUAACCAAAUGUUAGCUACCUAACCCUAACCUCAACCUAACCAAACGUUAGCUACCUAACCCUAAUCAACAGCUCUCCAAGGACUGCAUUUGGUAAUUGGUUACGAUUCGCAUCUACACUAUAUAUAUAUAUAUAUUAUAUUAUAUUUUUGUCAUUUAGCAGAUGAGCGACUGACAGGAGCAUUUAGGGUUAAGUGCCUUGCUCAAGGGCACAUCGGCAGAUUUUUCACCUAGUCGGCUGGGGGAUUAGAACCAGCGACCUUUUGGUUACUGGCACAAUGCUCUUAACCACUAAGCAAAAGUAUGUGGACACACCUUCAAAAUUGUGGAUUCGGCUAUUCCAGCCACACCCGUUGCUGACAGGUGUAUAAAAUCGAGCACACAGCCAUGAAAUCUCCAUAGACAAACACUGGCAGUUGAAUGGCCUUACUGAAGAGCUCAGUGACUUUCAACAUGUCACCUUCAUAGGAUGCCACCUUUCCAAUAAGUUAGUUUGUCAAAUUUCUGCCCUGGUAGAGCUGCCCCAGUCAACUGUAAGUGCUGUUACUGUGAAGUGGAAACGUCUAGGAGCAACAACUGCUCAGCCGCGAAGUGGUAGGCCACACAAGCUCACAGAACGGGACCGCCGAGUGCUGAAGUGCGUAGCGCGUAAAAAUCGUCUGUCCUCGGUUGCAACACUCACUACCGAGUUCCAAACUGCCUCUAGAAGCAACGUCAGCACAAUAACUGUUCGUCGGGAGCUUCAUGAAAUGGGUUUCCAUGGCCGAGCAGCUGCACACAAGCCUAAGAUCACCAUGCGCAAUGCCAAGCGUCGGCUGGAGUGGUGUAAAGCUCGCCUCCAUUGGACUCUGGAGCAGUGGAAACAUGUUCUCUGGAGUGAUGAAUCACGCUUCACCAUCUGGCAGUCCGAUGGACAAAUCUUGUUUUGGUGAAUGCCAGGAGAACGCUACCUGCACCAAUGCAUAGUGCCAACUGUAAAGAUUGGUGGAGGAGGAAUAAUGGUCUGGGCUGUUUUUCAUGGUUCGGGCUAGGCCCCUUAGUUCCAGUGAAGGGAAAUCUUAACGCUACAGCAUACAAUGACAUUCUAGACAAUUCUGUGCUUCCAACUUUGUGGCAACAGUUUGGGAAGACCCUUUCCUGUUUCAACAUGACAAUGCCCCCGUGCACAAAGCGAGGUCCAUACAGAAAUGGUUCGUCAAAAUCGGUGUGGAAGAACUUGACUAGCCUGCACAGAGCCCUGACCUCAACCCCAUCGAACACCUUUGGGAUGAAUUGGAACACCGACUGCGAGCCAGGCCUAAUCGCCCAACAUCAGUGCCCAACCUCACUAAUGCGCCUGUGGCUGACUGGAACCAAGUCCCCGCAGCAAUAUUAUAAUAAUAAUAAUAAUAUGCCAUUUAGCAGAUGCUUUUAUCCAAAGCGACUUACAGUCAUGCCUGCAUACAUUUUUUUUUUUUUUGUGUGUAUGGGUGGUCCCUGGGAUCGAACCCACUACCUUGGAGUUACAAGCGCCGUGCUCUACCAGCUGAGCUACAGAGGACCACAUGUUUCAGCAUUUAGUGGAAAGCCUUCCCAGAAGAGUGGAGGCUGUUAUAGCAGCAAAAGGGGGGGACCAACUCCAUAUUAAUGCCCAUGAUUUUGGAAGGAGAUGUUGGACGAGCAGGUGUCCACAUACUUUUGGCCAGGUAGUGUAUCUAUAAGCUCCCAGUCCACCACCUUGCUAAAGCCCUGGGGGAGAGGUGUCUUGUGACCCACCAAGUAAACAAAGCAUUAUGUCAUGCCAGAAACCUGUCUUAAGCUCAAAUUUGUCCAAUAGAAACUCUUAAUUUUCAUAUCAGAUGAGAAAAAAAAAAUGUUUUGCUACGGUUUGCACUAAUGAAUACAACCCUGAAUGGACUUCCACUAACCUCCCUUUUAAAACUCUUCUUUACACUUCAUUAUCAGGGUGAAGACCAAGUGCUCCGCUAAAUAUGGUCUGUCAGCCCAGCCUAGGCUGGUAGACAUCAUAGCUGCUGUUCCACCCCACUACCGACGUGCCCUAGUGCCUAAACUCAAGGCUAAACCUAUCCGAACUGCCAGCGGGGUACGUACCUGUCUAUCUGUCUGUUUUCAGGGUCCUGCUACUUACAGUGCACAAGCAUUUACAAUUUGAAAUGAAGUUGUAGAGAACACAAGGAAUGUGAUGUUGUUGCUUGUCUCUUUGUCCAGAUCGCAGUAGUGGCAGUGAUGUGUAAACCCCAUCGCUGCCCUCACAUCAACUUCACAGGAAACAUCUGUGUGUGAGUACAUAAAUGAUGUAGCUUCAGUGAGACCAGAAGAACUCUGGCCACAGUGUCCUAUUGAUUAUUAUUAUUAUUAUUAUUUUUAUGUUGAUUUAUAAAACUAAACAGCUAUGUAUUUAUUGAUCAGGAAAAACAACCAGCUAUUUAAUUGUGACUCUGACUACUUCAACAGCUACUGUCCAGGUGGGCCGGACUCAGACUUUGAAUACUCCACACAGUCUUACACUGGCUAUGAGGUAAACCAUUAAAAUAAAAAAACGGUUAUCCCUAAAGCCUACAAGCUCAGUACCAACUCCCUGUACGCCGUUCAGGCAUUGUGUUGAGUCUAAAGGGUGUCUUCUAUAAUUCUUCCCCCUGUCAGCCGACAUCUAUGAGAGCCAUCAGAGCACGUUAUGAUCCCUACCUGCAGACCAGACACCGAGUGGAACAGGUCAGUGACACGUUCCCGCACACACCUCUAGAUAGCCAGCAGUACCGUCUCCCGUCACGGCCCACGCCAGCAGUACCGUCUCCCGUCACGGCCCACGCUACAGAAGUGCUUGCCGCUGUCAUAGAGUAAUAAUGACUUGCGUUUUACGUAGCGCUUUUUCCAAAGUCUCUCCCGUCUGUCCUGUCCAGUUGAAGCAGCUGGGCCACAGCGUGGACAAGGUGGAGUUCAUAGUGAUGGGAGGGACUUUCAUGGCCCUGGCUGAGGAGUACAGAGACCACUUCAUCAGGAACCUCCACGACGCCCUGUCAGGACACACCUCUAACAACGUAGCUGAAGCCGUCAGGUAAUGCUACUAACCCCCCCCCCCCCCCCCCCCACCCCAACCCCGUUAGGACACACCCCUAACCCUGUCAGGACACACCCCUAACCCUGUCAGGACACACCCCUAACCCUGUCAGGACACACCCCUAACCCUGUCAGGACACACCUCCAAUCAUAGAGAUCCUAUUAAAUGACUUACAAGAGGGGGGGAUCUGUGAUGUCAUAAUCCCUCAAAGUUCCAUAAAGGGGGUGAAAAUGGCAGCUAUCUUGGUCAGGGAGAAAUCCAAAACCAGUCUAAUUAGGUGGGACUUGCAAAGCGUCGUAGACAACUUAAAGGGUAUGGCACCUUGGUCUACCAAUCACCCCCCCCCCCCCACACACCACCCACACCUUCAACCAUACAUUCAUACUUUUAUCAUACCAAUCAGUCCAACUGAACCUCGUUUCAUCCCCUCAUCCCCUCCAUCCCCUCAUCCCUCCAUCCAUCCCCCCCAUCCCUCCAUCCCCUCAUCCAUCCCUUCAUCCCUCAUCCCUCAUCCCCUCCAUCCCUCCCUCAUCCCCUCAUCCCUCAUCCCCCAUCCCCUCCCUCCAUCCCCUCAUCCCUCCAUCCAUCCCUCCAUCCCAUCCCCCAUCCCUCCAUCCCCUCCAUCCCUCCAUCCCCCCAUCCAUCCAUCUCUGUAUCCUUUAUCCAUCCAGUCAUAACUUUCUUUUAACAGCUUCAUCAUUUGAUUAAGGAAUUAAGUUUUUUAAAAUUUAUUUUAAACUUCCGCAAUGCCUCCUUGUCUUCUGUACUCUAUUACAUAAACGGUGGUACUCUAGUAGGAGAGUGUAUAAAAGUGUAGUAGGCUAGUGUGUGUGUGUAGUUAUGUGAUCUAACUGCCCCACAAUCCAAAGUAAUAAGAUUGAUUGUGUAGUCUAUCGAAGUAAUCAGACCAAUUAUUUUACUAAAUGUAACUGACUAUAUUUGACUUCUUGGCUCUAGUUAAACAUUUUAAACUACCACAAAAAUACUUAAAGCAAAGAGUUAAAGCAAGUCCCACCUAUUUUUCUUCAUGGAAAAUUACCGUCCAGUUGGAAUGAAUGGCAGGAGAGGCAUACGUGAUGCUUUUCCUGCUUUACUUGGAAAGGAAAGAAAAGUACGGCAUGUGAUGUAUCACAAAUUGUGUAAUAGAAUUACCUAAAAUGUUGUCAUAUAAUUAUAAUACAGUUUAUACAGGUUUUAUACAAAUCUUCUGUAUAAAUAACGUCUAAAAUAUAUGUAAACAGAAAUCUGUGAUUGCUGUUAAAUGAUACAACAUCAGUACUUGUUGCAUUUACAACUUGUCUUAAGUCCUAUCAUCAACUGAUUUGAGUCAGUGUAUGGCUGUGGAUUGACUGCAUUGUUUGAGUGGACUGUUAGCAUAUUGGCUAAUUAAUGGAAUCAUUCCUCUAAAACUGGCUAGCUAGCUAACAUGCAUACAGAGCAAAUCAAUUCUUCACAUUCAUAGUGUAAAACAAUCUUAUCAUGGCACUGGCAAACCAUGGUUGACCAACUCCCUGACAAACAUGGCUGACCUGUGGACCAUCGUAAGAAGGUUCAUGUCCAUUCUAGUAUUCCUAAUUCUAUGCCUCUAACGACGUAGCUGAAGCCAUCGGGUUUUACCACUACCCACUCUAACCCGGUCAGGACGCGCCCCAUAACCGGGUCAGGACGCGCCCCAUAACCGGGUCAGGACGCGCCCCAUAACCCGGCCAGGACGCGCCCCUAACAAGCUAACAGAGGCUGUCAGGUACCAACUAGACCCUACAAUAUAUCUCAUGUUAUAUGGAGGACUCUUUGCUCCCUCUGGUCUCUCUUUGUGAAAUGGUUGCUCUCUGUAGUCCUCCUGUAGCUCAGUUGGUAGUGCAUGGCGCUUGCAACGCCAGGGUUGUGGGUUCGUUUCCCACGGGGGCCAGUAUGAAAAAUGUAUGCACUCACUAAACUGUAGGUCGCUCUGGAUGAGAGGCGUCUGCUAAAUGACUAAAAUGGAGUGUAAUGGUUAGUUUGUUCCACCAGAUGGCACUGAUCUCUAGCUUGAAAUGGAGCACAUGCUGUAGACAAGGGGUUCCCAAACCUUUUCACCCUGGGGUUCCCAAACCUUUUCACCCUGGGGUUCCCAAACCUUUUCAACAACCCUGGUGUUUCCCCAAACCUUUUCACCCUGGGGUUCCCAAACCUUUUCACCCUGGGGUUCCCAAACCUUUUCACCCUGGGGUUCCCAAACCUUUUCACCCUGGGGUUCCCAAACCUUUUCACCCUGGGGUUCCCAAACCUUUUCACCCCUGGGGUUCCCAAACCUUUUCACCCUGGGUUCCCAAAACCUUUUCACCCUGGGGGUUCCCAAACCUUUUCACCCUGGGGUUCCCAAACCUUUUCACCCUGGGGUUCCCAAACCUUUUCACCCUGGGGUUCCCAAACCUUUACACCCUGGGGUUCCCAAACCUUUUCACCCUGGGGUUCCCAAACCUUUUCACCUGGGGUUCCCCAAAACUUUUCACCCUGGGGUUCCACAAACUUUUCACCCUGGGGUUCCCCAAACCUUUUCACCCUGGGGUUCCCAAACCUUUACACCCUUGGGGUUUCCCAACACUUCACCCUGGGGGUUCCCAAACCUUUUCACCCUGGGGUUCCCAAACCUUUUUACCCUGGGGUUCCCAAACCUUUUUACCCUGGGGUUCCCAAACCUUUUCACCCUGGGGUUCCCAAACCUUCCACUCUAUGGGCACCAGCACUGUUCAUGACACACACUGUUCACACUCCUUUGUUGGUGGAGAGAAUGUUGCAGUUUAAAGCUUAUUUCCUGCAAUUCUACACAUUUUUGUCACUGGGGUGCAGAGAAAAUGUUGCAGUUUAAAGCUAAAUUUUCUUGCAAUUCUAUACAUUUUGCAAUGUCUAAUGUCUAUUCAUGUGAUAUUAUAAAUAAAUAAAAAAACGCUAGUUGAUCUGGACAUUUCUGACAAGUUAUAAAGGUUUGCAAUGACUAACAUGACAAGAGGAACUGUCCCGUGUAGCUCAGUUGGUAGAGCAUGGCGUUUGCAACACCAGGGUUUGUGGGUUCGUUUCCCACGGGGAACCAGUAUGAAAAAAAAAAAAAUAAUUAGAAAAAUGUAUGCACUCACUUAACUGUAAGUCACUCUGGAUAAGAGCGUCUCCUAAAUGACUAAAAUGAAAAUGAUGCACGACCCAAUUUAGAAAUGUCACCUUGUGCAUUCUACUAUUACAACUUUCAAGAGUAAGUUUAAAGCUGGACUGAGUUCCUUAAAAAAAAACACCAAAAAAACGGUUUUAUUUAUUUUGUAUUUUGUUGAGCGGGGGAUCUUUGGGAGUUAAAACAUGACUCAUGCUUUGGCCCUUCGAUACGGUAGGAGGGAGACGUUUCGUGUGACUUCAGGGAGAUUAAUAGAAGUUCGAGGGAUGUGAUCGAGGAGUAGGGGAAUGGAGGUCUGGACCCUGAGGGCUUGUUUGUUAGUCAGGGUAUUUAGUCCCUAGUGGCUGAGAAGGCGCGCUCCUGUAUUGCUCAUCCAGCAGUGUUAUCAGCAGGUUCGUUAGGACAGAUUACACUAAUUGUUGUGGCUGUUUAUCAGGCUGAGACGUUCGAGGCCCUUCUCUGCUGUGUCUGCCUGUGUCUGCACCUGUCUCCCUGUCUGCCUGUCUAAGCGCCUCUCUGCCAGUGUAAGCAUGUGUGCUCACUGGCUUGUGUGUAUGAGAAAGCAGUCCUGUUUCCUCCGAGUCCCACUAUGCCUCCGUUCGCUUAAUGAGAAAAGCUUCAGCAUGUAACCUGCAAAUAACCAUUCAGAUAAUAGCAUUUCUAUUGACUAAUAUCAGCCAAUCUGAUGUGUUCUCCGGAGCAAUAACUCCUGUGAUUGUCUUAAGUCAGUCAUCAGAUUGUUAGAAUGGACAUUAUGUUCCCAGUAAUAGGUUGGAGGAGUAUGGGCUGAGAUGGCUGGUCUAGAUUAUGAGGAGGGUCGUUAUCUAACCUGAUGGCUGGUCUAGAUUAUGAGGAGGAUGAUCGUUAUCUAACCUGAUGGCUGGUCUAGAUUAUGAGGAGGAUGAUCGUUAUCUAACCUGAUGGCUGGUCUAGAUUAUGAGGAGGAUGAUCGUUAUCUAACCUGAUGGCUGGUCUAGAUUAUGAGGAGGAUGAUCGUUAUCUAACCUGAUGGCUGGUCUAGAUUAUGAGGAGGAUGAUCGUUAUCUAACCUGAUGGCUGGUCUAGAUUAUGAGGAGGAUCGUUAUCAAACCUGAUGGCUGGUCUAGAUUAUGAGGAGGAUGAUCGUUAUCAAACCUGAUGGCUGGUCUAGAUUAUGAGGAGGAUGAUCGUUAUCAAACCUGAUGACUGGUCUAGAUUAUGAGGAGGAUGAUCGUUAUCAAACCUGAUGGCUGGUCUAGAUUAUGAGGAGGAUGAUCGUUAUCAAACCUGAUGGCUGGUCUAGAUUAUGAGGAGGAUCGUUAUCAAACCUUUCCAAAUGGAGAAAAUGACAGCCAGACUGAAGACGUAGAUGUCUAAUCUCAAUACAUCCUGAAUCUGCUCUCCUUGGCCCUACAGUUUCAAGGGGGCAGAAGAUACACAGAGAAAAUCUAACUUUGUUGUGCCGUUUUAUGAUGUGAUUUUCCUGCCAGUGAAUUGAAGUGGGGUUGACCAGGUACUUGCGCUUGAGAUAGAAGUUGCCCCUAAUGUAAUCACAGAUCUAUAAUCAGAUUACGAUUCUUUUAUUGUCCAAUUGUAAACAAGGUCCAACAGGAAUUUGGGUUCCGCUUUAUCACAACCCCUCUGAAAGACAGACAGGCAUACAGAGGUUGGAGCAGAAGGCUGGAUAGAUGACCUAUCCCCUCAAUCUGACCCAGGGGGCUGGAUAGAUGACCUAUACCCUCAAUCUGACCCAGGGGGCUGGAUAGAUGACCUAUACCCUCAAUCUGACCCAGGGGGCUGGAUAGAUGACCUAUACCCUCAAUCUGACCCAGGGGGCCGGAUAGAUGACCAUACCCUCAAUCUGACCCAGGGGGCUGGAUAGAUGACCUAUACCCUCAAUCUGACCCAGGGGGCUGGAUAGAUGACCUAUACCCUCAAUCUGACCCAGGGGGCUGGAUAGAUGACCUAUACCCUCAAUCUGACCCAGGGGGCUGGAUAGAUGACCUAUACCCUCAAUCUGACCCUAUCAGCCAUAGAAAUAGAAUCUCAUUCUAGUUCUUUGGUAUCAGAGGUCUGUUACUGACAACUAACUCACUCCUCCCUUUCCUGUCUAGGUACUCAGAACGCAGUAACACCAAGUGUGUUGGCAUCACCAUUGAGACGCGUCCUGACUACUGUCUGAAGAGACACCUCAGUGACAUGCUGGGGUACGGCUGUACCCGGCUGGAGAUAGGGGUCCAGAGCGUCUACGAGGACGUAGCACGAGACACCAACAGGUGAGUGUCCGAGGUAACUGGAGAGUGUGUGUGUGUGUGAGUGAUAGGGGUUCAGAGCGUCUACGAGGACGUAGCACGAGACACCAACAGGUCAGAGGGCAGGGGUUAAGGGUCAAGAGGGGUUUUGAAUGGAGUCAUAGCGACUGCUAGUGAUAUGUCACUUGUCAUAUGUCAUUAGUAAAACUCAUAGCCGCUAGUCAUGUCACCAGAAACUCUAGACCCACUCCAAUUCGCAUACUGCCCCAACAAAUCCACAGAUGAUGCAAUCUCUAUUGCACUCCACACUGCCCUUUCCCACCUGGACAAGAGGAACACCUAUGUAAGAAUACUGAUCAUUGACUACAGCUCAGCGGUCAACACCAUAGUCCCCUCCAAGCUCAUCACUAAGCUAAGGACCCUGGGACUGAACACCUCCCUCUUCAACUGGAUCCUGGACUUCCUGCCGCCCCCAGGUGAUGAGGGCAGGCAACAACACAUCUGCCACGCUGACCCUCAACACCAGGGCCCCUCAGGGGUGCGUGCUUAGUCCCCUCCUGUACUCCCUGUUCACCCACGACUGUGUGGCCAAGCACGACUCCGACAACACAACGGUGGUAGGCCUGAUCACAGACAACGAUGAGACAGCCUAUAGGGAGGAGGCCAGUGACCUGGCAGUGUGGUGCCAUGACAACAACCUUUCCCUCAACGUCAGUAAGACAAAGGAGCUGAUCGUGGACUACAGGAAUCGGAGGGCCGAGCACGCACCUAUCCACAUCGACAGGGCUGUAGUGGAGCGGGUCGAGAGCUUCAAGUUCCUCUGUGCCGAGCUUCCUGCCAUCCAGGACCUCUAUACCAGGCGGUGUCAGAGUAAGACCCUAUAAAUGGUCAAAGACUCCAGCCACCCAAGUCAUGGACUGUCCUCUCUGCUACCGCACGGCAAGCGGUACCGAUGCACCAAGUCUGGAACCAACAGAACCCUGAACGGCUUCUACCCCCAGGCCAUAAGACUGCUAAAUAGUUAGUCCGGGUAGCUUUUGGUUAGCUAUUUAACUAUCUGCAUUGACCCUUUUUGCACCAACUCUUUUGACUCGUCACAUACACUGCUGUUACCGUUUAUUAUCUAUCCUGUUGCCUAGUUACUGUCUCUGCUACUAUCUAUUAUAUAUCACUUUACCCCUCCCUAUAUGUAGUACAUAUCUACCUCCAUUACCUCGUACCACUGCACAUCAACUCAGUACUGGUACAGUACUCAGUACUGUAUAUAGCCAAGUUAUCGUUACUAAUUGUGUAUUUAUUCCUCGUGUUAUUAACUUUCUGUUAUUUCUCCUGUUCUCUCUGUGUUGUUGGGGGGGGAAGGACCCGUCAGUAAGCAUUUCACUGUUAGUCUACACCUGUUGUUUGCCAAGCAGGUCACAAAUACAAUUGUAUUUGAUCUAAAGGGCAGAGACCCGGGGUUUGAAUGGAGUCAUAGCUACUAAUCAUAUGUUAGUGUUAGUCACGACUCAUAUGUCACUCAUAUGUCAGUAGUCUUAGUCAUAGCCACUGGUCCCGUGUAGCUCAGUUGGUAGUGCAUGGUGCUUUCAACGCCAGGGGUUGUGGGUUCGAUUCCCACGGGGGGACCAGUACGGGGGGGGGGGGAAAAAGUAUGAAAAUGUUUACACUCACGACUAACUCGCACUGAAUAAGAGCGUCUGCUAAAUGACUAAAAUGGGUCAUGUAAAUGUUAGUCAUAGCCACUGGUUAUACUGUGUAAUUCGGAAAGUAUUCAGACCCUUUACUUUUUCCACAUUUUGUUACGUUACAGCCUUUUCUAAAAUGGAUUCAAUAGUUUUUUCCCCCUUCAUCAAGCUACACACAAUACCCCAUAAUCAUAAAGCAAAAAUAGGUUUUUAGAAAUGUUUGCAAAUUUACAAAAAAUGUAAAACUGAUAUCACAUUUUACAUAAGUAUUCAGACCCUUUACUCAGUACAUUGUAGUGUGUAAUGUGUGUGUCUUUUACAAGCUCACUGUGUAAUAUUUGUGUGUGUGUUUCCAGAGGUCACACGGUGAGGGCGGUGUGUGAGUCGUUCCACUUCUCUAAAGACGCAGGUUUCAAGGUGGUCUCCCACAUGAUGCCUGACCUCCCUAACGUUGGUAUGGAGAGGGACGUGGAGCAGUUCAUAGUGAGUAACACACUCUCACACACACACACACACACACACACACACACACACACACACACACACACACACAGAGGGACGUGGAGCAGUUCAUAGUGAGUAACACACACACACACACACACACACACACACACACAGCGGGACGUGGAGCAGUAUCUACACUGAGUGUACAAAACAUUAAGAACACCUGCUCUUUCCAUGACAUAGACUGACCAGGUGAAUCCAGGUGAAAGCUAUGAUCCCUUAUUGAUCAUAGUCACUUGUUAAAUCCACCUCAAUCAGUGUAGAUGAAGGGGAGGAGACAGGUUAAAGGAGGAUUUUUAAGCCUUGAGACAAUUGAGACAUGGAUUGUGUAUGUGUGUCAUUCAGAGGGUGAACGGGCAAGACAAAAUAUUGAAGUGCCUUUGAACAGGGUAUGGUAGUAGUUGCCAGGCGCACUGGUUUGGUGUGUCAAGAACUGCAACGCUGCUGGGUUUAUCAAGAAUGGCCCACCACCUAAAGGACAUCCAGCCAACUUGACACAACUGUGGGAAGCAUUGGAGUCAACAUGGGCCAGCAUCCCUGUGGAACGCUUUCGACACCUUGUAGAGUCCAUGCCCCAGACAAAUUGAGGCUGUUCUGAGGGCAAAAGGGGGAAGUGCAACUUAAUAUUAGGAAGGUGUUCCUAAUGUUUUAGAAUACUCAGUGCCAAGCGUUUUACACGAGAGGAUAAAUUCUAUGAAAUGUGUUUGUAGUUUGUCAGGAUUUGUUAAGAUCUAAACCUAUUUUGCACAAAUAUACUGUACUUUUAUAUUUGAGCAGAAUGUUGCCAAGUCCAACUAACCUCUCCUACAUUGGUCUGGCCCUGAUUUUGAAAGAGCUCCAUUUUUUUAAAUGUGUGGUAGCUAAUUGUUCCACAGCAUGCUGACUGGACCCAGCCCACUGCCGUGGUUCUCCAUCUCCAUCUCCGUCCCAAAUGGCGCCCUGCCAGCCAGUCAGCCUGUGGUGGCUCAUAGCUUCCCAUUACAGAGAAGAGUCUAUUACAGUGAUUUUUAA